AUGCUUUUGCCUGGACAAUCGGAUGGGCUGCUUCAUUUGCACAAUCUUCACAGCGGUAAACGAAUUGUUGGAAAAUUUUCAUCCGUCUCACAGAUAACUGCUUUCACCUCUUGGAUAUUUGUCGUAUUAGAUCUGAUUUCUUGGGGUGUACCGGAAUUUCAAGUCGAUCACCGGUUCCCAACUUAUUGGCGAAUACGAUUUUGGAAAGGUUUCGUCCUUUGUGAUAUUGUCAUGUUCUUUGCCAAUCUGAUUCUGUUAAUCAUGUCUGUGAUAGUUAUUGUUGCCAUUGUAUGGCCGGCUCGUUACCGUCUCUAUCACUUGAAGCCGUAUUUACGAGCUUGGUGCAUUAUCAUGAUACUCUAUCUGAUAACCGAUUUGGGCGUAGGUGUUUAUACCUACUCGUGGUACGGACUGGCUGCUUGGGUUUGGUUCUUGGUAAUUGGGUUCUCCUACUAUUCAGAAGUUCGAAUGACAUUAUUUGGUGAAGGCGACCCUGAAGUUUUGCAAGAGGUGGGAUUUCUCAGUGCAACGCCCAGUACAGUUUCUCCGCACAUCUACACAUUCCCCAAAGGACCAUAG